CUGGAUGUCAUCCACACGGAGAACAAGCUGUACCUGGUGUUCGAGUUCCUGCACCAGGACCUGAAGAAGUUCAUGGACUCCUCGUCCCUCAGCGGGAUCGCGCUGCCGCUCAUCAAGAGUUACCUGUUCCAGCUGCUGCAGGGCCUGGCUUUCUGCCACGCCCACCGCGUUCUGCACCGGGACCUGAAGCCGCAGAACCUGCUCAUCAACGCCGAGGGCUCCAUCAAGCUGGCUGACUU